GAGGGCAAAAGGCAGAUCAGAUAAGAUGCCCUAACUAAAUAUAUAUAUGUAUAUGUAUAUUUCACCAUCCUAAGUGCUACACCUCCGCAUCAAUGGCGGAACGGAAACCCUAAUCCUGCACAAAGCACAUAUUCCCUGCAGCUUUACAGCCCCACUCACUCCGAACAUAUUCUCUCUGCCUUUUGCACCACCCUCCCCACCCCCACCUUUGCAUAAAAUGCGCUCAAAAUUCCACGCUCCUCUUCAUUUCACCCACACAUUCGAGAUACCUCAUUAGAUGACCAGCAGCAGCAGCAAGCCGAUCGAGAUCCACUGCGAAGAUCCGAGCCCGAAGAAAUGGAGCCAUCCGCUCAAGGAAGAUGUCCUCGCCGCCUUGAUGACCAGGGAUAAUUCGCUCGCGGUUUGCAAGCCUGGUUCGCUGUUCAACCCCCUGCUGUUCGGAAAAUUCUUCGAUCCUUCCGACGCCUUUCCGCUCUGGGAAUUCGAUUCCGACGCCUUGCUGCCGAAUUCCGGCCAGCGUGUCGUCGAUUGGGGGCAGACGGAGACCGAUUACGUCCUCCGAGCGGAGUUUCCUGGAUUAGGGUUUAACAGCGGUCUUCAUAUCUGCGUUGAGAAUGGUAAGAUUUUGGAGAUUAGUGCGCAGUGGAGAGAGAGUAGGGCGAACGAUUGGAGAAACAACCAUUGGUGGGAGCACGGCGGCGUGCGGCGGAUCGAGUUGCCGGAAAAUGCAGAUUGGAGGAAAGCGGAGGCGCGUCUGCAAAACGACGUCGUGUUGGAGAUCAGAAUCCCCAAAACGACGCCGCCUCCGGAUGCAGGUUGAAAUUAUUGCCCCUUUUAAUUUUCAGUGUAUAAAUUAAUGGGUUUACUUGUGAAAAUUUAAGGCUCUGUUUGGUUCGCUGCUUUUUUGUUUUUUCAGUUGUGUUUACUGAGAAUCAACAAAUUAUAGUGCAGAAUAUAUUUGAAACAAAACAUUGUGAAUACGAUCUGAUCUGUGUGAAAUUUAGGCAUAUUUAUUUAUGUUUGUAA